AUGUUUAAGACGCGUCAGUAUCUGCUUCCACUAGUUCUCCUGACGACAAUCACACUAUCCUCAAGUAAUGUACUUCCAAUACUAAUUAACAAAGUAGACUCAGAUUCCUUAUUGGACGACCAAGAUAGUGACAAUACUUUUAAUAACAGACAAACUCGUAUAAAUCCCAAUAUAUUUUAUAAAGUUUUUAUUGGAACAUCAAAAGAUAAUUUACCGAAGAAAUCUCAAGGAUCUCGACUUAAAUAUUUAGAGAAAGACAAUAACCCAGACAGAAGGACAUUCAAUGGGCUAAUCGAAAAUGAAGAUAAUUAUGAUGAUGAGGGCUUUCGAAAAGAGCAGUGGCACAAUUACCCGAGGCAGUUAGAUCGACUUCAUAAAAAUUUAUAUAUUUAUAAGAUACUUGAAAAGAUUAUCGAUACUAACGACUUAGAACGACCAAAACGUGUAGAUAAAACUCGACAUGAUGUCUAUCAAUACUCGAGCGAUGAUAUUCUUAGCAACUUUGGCCCAGAUGUAAUAGCUGGUCCACUUUUAAUCUUAAAGAUACGACUAGCGUAUUUAACUAGUAAUUUAAAUAACCACGAUUCCAACAAAUACAUUUACAGCCAUUCGGAUCCAUUAGAUUUGACAUCACAAAAUGACGAAAUGACCAGUGAAGAAAAUGCAUUACUUGAUAAUGAUGAUAAAUCUAUUGUAAAGAUAAAAAGGAAUGGAAAACUCACGAAUGCAGAUAUACAAUUUUUAGAGAACUCAUCGAACGAAAAGAAAACUGUGAAAAAGAGAAUAUUUUCUUUAUGGAGCCGUUUGCAAAGCCUGUCACACAGAGGUCAUGAGCUCCACCACCGCAGGCACAUGUACGCGUUCUACGGUCUACCAGAAGACGGAGGUGGUACACUGACUGCAGAGACGAGGGCUACUAUGAUGCGACCACCUGGAUCUCCUUUACGAUGGGGU